AUUCUGGCGAGUGGGCAACCUGAUGGAUGAGCUUCUUCAGGAGCUGGGGAUGGAGGGCCGGGGGUCCCGCCCCUCUGCCUGUCUUCCCCCUCUUGUGGGGGGCCUGGCAUGGCCAUGGGGUCGCCUGGAGCUUCCUUAGGAGACCCUCUGCUUGGGGAGAAAGAAGACAUGCCUUCGCCCCAAGGAGCUGGAACUGGGAAACAACAGCAGCAGCAGAGCCGGACCGUGGGGAGGACUGGACCCGAGGGAUACACCAACCAGACCUUCCUCUUCGACGAUGGGAGCGCCCGCAGGCUCCGGCCGGCGGCAUCGUCCUCGGGCGGCGGCAGAAGCGGAGGCGGCGGCGGGGGCGCGAGCAGCGGGGUCCUCUUGGACAUCUCCUCCCUGGGGGCCAUGAGCGACGUGGACUCCGAGGUGCUCCCUUUGCCGCCCCGGUACCGCUUCCGGGACCUGCUUUUGGGGGACCAGAGCUUCCAGAACGACGACAGAGUCCAAGUGGAGUUUUACGUCAACGAAAACACGUUCAAGGAGCGCCUGAAGCUGUUCUUCAUCAAAAACCAAAGAUCAAGUCUGAGGAUACGUCUCUUCAACUUCUCCCUGAAGCUCCUGACCUGCCUGCUUUACAUUGUUCGUGUUCUCCUUGAUGACCCAGAACGGAUAGGAUGUUGGGAAUGUGAAAAACACAACUAUUCAACCUUCAACCAGUCAUCGUCAGAAAUCAAUUGGGAUCCAAUCAUAUGGGUCGACCGGAACAAGCCAUUAUGGGCAAUACAAGUCAGCGUAGCCAUUAUUAGCUUCCUGGAGACCAUGCUUCUGAUCUAUCUCAGCUACAAGGGAAACAUUUGGGAGCAGAUUUUCCGCGUCUCCUUCAUCCUCGAAAUGAUCAACACUGUGCCCUUUAUUAUCACAAUCUUUUGGCCGCCUUUACGGAACCUGUUUAUUCCCGUUUUCUUGAAUUGCUGGCUGGCCAAGUAUGCCUUGGAGAACAUGAUCAAUGACCUACACCGGGCAAUACAGAGAACCCAGUCUGCGAUGUUCAACCAGGUGCUCAUCUUGAUCUGCACUUUACUCUGUCUCCUGUUCACUGGAACCUGUGGCAUCCAGCACUUAGAGAGAGCCGGUGAAAACCUCUCGCUCUUCAAGUCCUUUUAUUUCUGCAUUGUCACUUUCUCGACGGUCGGCUACGGCGACGUCACCCCCAAAAUAUGGCCCUCCCAGCUGUUGGUUGUGAUCAUGAUCUGCGUUGCCUUGGUUGUAUUACCCCUCCAGUUUGAGGAACUGGUGUAUCUGUGGAUGGAGCGUCAGAAGUCCGGAGGGAAUUACAGCCGCCACCGGGCUCAGACCGAGAAGCACGUCGUCCUUUGUGUCAGCUCCCUCAAGAUCGACCUCCUCAUGGAUUUCCUCAAUGAAUUUUACGCUCAUCCUAGACUGCAGGAUUACUAUGUGGUGAUCCUCUGCCCAUCGGAGAUGGAUAUUCAGGUGCGGCGGGUGCUACAGAUCCCUUUGUGGUCUCAGCGGGUGAUCUACCUCCAGGGAUCUGCCUUGAAAGAUCAGGAUCUCUUGAGGGCAAAGAUGGACAAUGGCGAAGCAUGUUUCAUCCUCAGCAGCCGCAACGAAGUGGACCGCACAGCCGCUGAUCAUCAAACUAUCCUCAGGGCUUGGGCCGUGAAGGACUUUGCUCCAAACUGCCCUCUGUAUGUUCAGAUCUUGAAGCCGGAGAACAAGUUCCAUGUCAAGUUUGCUGAUCACGUGGUCUGCGAAGAGGAGUGCAAGUACGCCAUGUUGGCACUCAACUGUGUCUGCCCGGCCACCUCCACUCUCAUCACGCUCCUCGUUCACACGUCCCGAGGACAAGAAGGACAGGAAUCGCCAGAGCAAUGGCAACGGAUGUACGGCCGCUGCUCGGGCAACGAGGUCUACCACAUCCGGAUGGGCGACAGCAAGUUCUUCAUGGAGUACGAAGGGAAGAGCUUCACUUACGCGUCUUUCCAUGCCCACAAAAAGUACGGCGUCUGCUUGAUGGGCGUCAGACGUGAGGACAACAAGAGCAUCCUUCUCAACCCAGGACCCCGUCACAUCAUGACCGCCUCCGACACCUGCUUCUACAUCAACAUCACCAAGGAGGAGAACUCGGCCUUCAUCUUCAAGCAGGAAGAGAAGCAGAAGAAGAAAGGCUUUUCAGGGAGAGGGAUCUACGACGGGCCCUCAAGGUUGCCAGUCCAUAGCAUCAUUGCCAGCAUGGGCACCGUGGCCAUGGACCUGCAGAACACGGAGUGCCGGCCCAUCAACAACAGCAAGCUCACUUUGCCCGCGGAGAACGGGUCCGGCAAGCGGAGGCCCAGCAUCGCCCCGGUCCUGGAGGUGGCCGACAGCUCUUCGCUCUUGCCCUGCGACAUGCUCAGCGACCAGUCGGAGGACGAGAUGACCCAGUCGGACGAGGAGGGCCUCCCGGUCAUAGAAUACGUCAAGGGCUAUCCACCCAAUUCUCCUUACAUCGGAAGCUCUCCCACACUGUGCCACCUUCUGCCUGUGAAAGCCCCAUUCUGUUGUUUACGUUUGGACAAGGGCUGCAAACACAACAGCUAUGAAGACGCCAAGGCCUAUGGGUUUAAGAAUAAGCUGAUCAUCGUGUCAGCGGAGACGGCCGGGAACGGCUUGUACAACUUCAUUGUCCCUCUCCGUGCCUACUAUCGGUCACGGAAGGAGCUGAACCCCAUUGUGCUGUUGCUGGACAACAAACCCGAUCAUCACUUUCUCGAAGCCAUUUGCUGCUUCCCAAUGGUUUACUACAUGGAAGGCACCAUUGACAACCUCGAUAGUUUGCUGCAGUGCGGCAUCAUUUACGCCGACAAUUUGGUGGUGGUUGACAAGGAGAGCACCAUGAGUGCCGAAGAGGACUACAUGGCCGAUGCCAAGACCAUCGUCAACGUCCAGACCAUGUUCAGACUCUUCCCAAGCUUGAGCAUCAUCACAGAGCUGACGCAUCCGUCCAACAUGAGGUUCAUGCAGUUCCGGGCAAAGGACAGCUAUUCCUUGGCUCUUUCCAAACUAGAAAAGAAAGAGCGAGAGAAUGGCUCCAACUUGGCCUUUAUGUUCCGGCUUCCGUUUGCCGCCGGCCGCGUUUUCAGCAUCAGCAUGUUGGAUACGUUGCUUUACCAGUCAUUUGUGAAGGACUAUAUGAUCACCAUCACCAGGCUACUGUUGGGCCUCGAUACCACCCCUGGGUCUGGUUACCUUUGUGCCAUGAAAAUUACUGAGGAUGACCUAUGGAUCCGGAGCUAUGGUCGUCUCUUCCAGAAACUGUGUUCCUCCAGCGCUGAAAUCCCCAUCGGCAUCUACAGAACAGAGUCGCACAUGUUUUCUACCACUGACCCUCAUGACCUCAGGACUCAGUCACAGAUCUCAAUCAAUGUGGAAGAUUGCGAGGACACCAAAGAGCUGAAGGAGCAUUGGAACGCCAAAACGAACCACCACCGAAACUCCUGUCCCGCCGACCCAACGGAGCACCCGUUGCUUCGGCGCAAGAGCAUGCAGUGGGCCCGCCGGCUCAGUCGGAAAGGGGCCAACAAACAUGCGCCUAAAACGGCCGAAUGGAUCAACCAGCAGAGACUCAGCCUCUACCGGCGGUCGGAGCGGCAAGAGCUGUCGGAGCUGGUGAAGAACCGGAUGAAGCACCUGGGCUUGCCCACAACAGGGUACGAGGAUGUAGCAAAUUUAACAGCCUGUGAUGUGAUGAAUCGGGUAAACCUUGGAUAUUUGCAAGAUGAAAUGAAUGACCACCAGAACACGUUGUCCUACGUCCUCAUCAACCCCCCUCCGGACACACGGCUGGAACUCAAUGACAUUGUGUACUUGAUACGGCCGGACCCCUUAGCCCACGUGGAAAACGAGACUCACAGUCGAAAGAGCAGUUGCGGCCACAAACCGGACCCUUGUAGCCCUGAAACGAGAGACGAGACGCAACUCUGAGCCCUUCCUUCCUUUUUGCACGGGUCGUAAACGCCUUCCCUUCUCCAUGCAUGGAAUUAACAACAGACUUCGGCGCUGCAGGGACGGAACCGUUUUCUAUGGGGACUGUUACGAUGAACUCCGUGUCAUAUAUAUAAAUACGUUUUAGGAGAGAAAAAACAGAACUGAUUGAGACAAAUUGGUUGGGCCCUUGACUUCCACUUCACCCUUCUGGCAUCGAGACCGGUCGGAGAUCCAGAGCAUGGCUCUGCAUCUCCCAGAAGAAUCGCCAGUGGCAAAAGCUGGGAACAAAUGAGACCCUAAUCCCUUUGAAGACAGGACGAUUUGUACAAGUCUUGGUUUUAAAACUUUUUUUUCCAUUUUUGGAGGGAUGGGUGGGUGGAAAAGAUUAAAAAGGUGCCGCGA